UGAAAACUAUUUAUUUCAAUUAGACGACUUCAUUCAUAUGACCUAUGAAUUAAAUUUACAAUUAUCAAAUCAAUUUAAUGAGAUUAUUGAUGGUAGUCAUGUCAAUGGUCAAAAUAUCGACGAUAUUAUAGUAUUAUCAAAAGGUGAAAAAUUUGAAUUAAAAGUAAUUGAUAAUGAGAUGAUCAAUAAUAAUCAGUGA